AUGACACCCGUCAAUCACACCGACGUGCAUGAGUUCAUUCUUUUAGGGCUGACCACACGCCCAGACCUCCAGGUCCCCCUUUUCAUGGCUUUCCUGGCCACAUACAUGGUGACCCUUUUGGGGAACUUUGGGAUCAUUGUAUUAAUCAGGACUGAUCUUCACCUUCACACCCCCAUGUACUGUUUCCUCAGCCACUUGGCUUUUGUCGACAUCUGCUACUCCUCCAUCAUCGUCCCCAAAAUGCUAGUGCAGAUCUUGACAGGGGAGAAAACCAUCAGCUUUUCGGGGUGUGCAGCCCAGCUCUGCUUCUUCGUCAUUUUUGGGGUCACUGAGUGCCUCUUGCUGGCUGUGAUGGCCUAUGACAGGUAUGUGGCUAUCUGCAAACCCCUCCUGUACCCCACCAUCAUGUGUGGAUGGAUGUGCUGGUGGCUUGUGGCUGGUUCCUAUGCUGUCAGUGUCUUCCAUGCAGUGACCCACACCACUUUCAUCUUUACCUUCUCCUUCUGCCGCUCCAAUGUUAUCAACCACUACUUCUGUGACAUUGCCCCACUCUUAGCUCUCUCCUGCUCCAAUACCCACACCUACGAGGUGGUCAUCCUUGCUCUCGUCAGCAUAAACUGUGUCAGCACCAUGACCAUCAUCUUUAUCUCCUAUGCUUAUAUCCUUCCUGCUGUCCUGAGGAUCCACUCAAAGGAAGGCAGGAGAAAAGCCUUCUCCACUUGCACAUCCCACCUGAUGGUUGUCACCAUGUUCUAUGGGGCAAUCUUGUUCAUGUACCUGCGCCCCAGCUCCACCUUUGCGUUGGAUGAGAACAAAACAGCCACGUUGUUCUACACCAUCAUGACCCCCACUUUAAACCCCUUGGUCUACAGCUUGAGGAACAGGGAGGUGAAGGCUGCCUUCAUGAGAGUGGUUGGGAGAAGGCAGUGA